UUAUAUAAAGAGGGAGAGAUUAAUCUGCCUUUCUCAAGGUUUAAUCCAAACUGUCUGCUGCAGACACAAAACUACUGCCAUCUCCAAAGGGAUUACGUACCUGAGGACUAGACCGAAAAAUCUGUGAUCAUGGUGGGACUGAAGCCAUCUGAUGUUCCUCCUCCUUUGGGAGUGAAGGUACUGAGUGCAGGUACAGCCGCCUGCAUCGCCGAUCUUGUCACCUUCCCUCUGGACACGGCUAAAGUCCGGCUACAGAUCCAGGGUGAGAAGGUGGCAGUAGAAGCUACCAAGAACAUCCGUUAUCGUGGUGUGUUUGGGACGAUCAGCACCAUGGUGCGGACAGAGGGGCCUCGGUCACUCUAUAACGGCCUGGUGGCCGGCCUACAGAGACAGAUGGCCUUUGCAUCUAUACGAAUCGGCCUCUAUGACAACGUCAAGAGCUUCUACACAGGAGGCAAAGACAACCCCAAUAUAGGUAUCCGCAUCCUGGCCGGCUGCACCACAGGGGCGAUGGCCGUUUCCAUGGCUCAGCCCACAGACGUGGUGAAAGUGCGCUUCCAGGCCCAGAUGAACCUACAGGGAGUCGCUCGUCGCUACAAUGGGACCAUGCAGGCGUACAGACAGAUCUUCCUUCAGGAAGGCCUCCGUGGACUCUGGAAAGGAACGCUACCCAACAUCACCAGGAAUGCCUUGGUCAACUGCACAGAGCUUGUGUCUUAUGAUCUGAUCAAAGAAGCCAUUCUUGGACACAAGUUGAUGUCAGAUAACCUGCCGUGCCAUUUCGUCUCUGCGUUCGGCGCCGGCUUCAUCACCACCGUCAUCGCCUCUCCCGUGGACGUGGUGAAAACUCGAUACAUGAACUCUCCUCCUGGUCAGUACAAAAGUGCCGUCAACUGUGCCUGGACCAUGAUGACCAAAGAAGGGCCUACAGCCUUCUACAAAGGAUUUGUGCCUUCCUUUCUCAGACUGGGAUCAUGGAACGUCGUCAUGUUUGUGUCGUUCGAGCAGCUGAAGAGAGCCAUGAUGGCCUCUAAAAAGAAGAUGGAAGCCACCAUGUAGAGAAAAAGACUGCCGCUUCCAUGUGAAAAGCACUGACUCGCUGAACAAGCUGCCAUUUGUACUGCUGAAGGAAAAAAUGUAACUUAUUAGUCUGAACUAAAGGAAAAGAGGAUGAAUGCUCACCCUAAGCGUUAGUCUAUACAGCGUUUUUGAGAGAGAUGAAAGCAUAGCCAGUUCAUGUUUACUGCAUGAUAAGAAUGAUGCUUUCUCUCAGGGCCUGGUGUGUGUGUGUGUGUGUGUGUGUGUGUGUAUAAAGCAUUAUGAUGUACAGGUCCAGUGGUGCUGCGGUAGCUGGUGGAUGAUGAAAAGCCAUAUUCUGCACUUUUUUCCACUUUUUACGCCCCUUUUUUCCACUAAACUACUGUGUGUACAAUGUGGCUUUACACACAACACUGCCCAUAAGAUGUCUUUGUUUUUUUUUUAAAUAAUUAUUAUGAAUACAAAUGAAUCCUUUGUUUAAAAAAGGACAGUGUUUUUAAUUUAUAUUGAACUGUUUACUGUAUGUCUACUCACCGCUCGAUUGCUGCAAGCUUGCAGGAAAAAUGUGCAAGCCCCACCGUAAGCUAUGACAGCAAACGACCUGAAACGUAGCCUAGCAAAGUCCAUUUCUAAAAUAAAUACAUAUUUAGGUAAAGUACA